ACCAUUUCCCCCCAAUCCCUAAUCCCCAUGGACGAGCUCGCCGGCGACCGCCGCCAUGCCGAUUCGCCGCCUCAGCUUCCGCUUCUCCCGGACGACAUGCUCGUGGAGAUCCUCCACCGCCUCCCGCCGGAGCCGAUCCACCUCUUCCGCGCCUCCUUCGUCUGCAAGCACUGGCGCGGCCUCGUCCACGACGCCCGCUUCCUCCGCCUCUUCCGCGAGUUCCACGGCGGGACGCCUCCCGUGCUCGGCUUCUUCAGCAACCAGCCGAGAUCUCCCCUCUUCGUACCCAGCUCCGACGCCUUCGCCGUCCCCGCUGCGGCCACGAUGCGCAAGGACGACUGGUUGGCCCUGGACUGCCACCACGGCCGCGCCCUCCUCCUCGACCGACGAGACGGGAAGCUCCUCGUUUGGAACCCCAUGAACGGCGACAAGCGCUACCUGCCGCUCCCCACGCAGGCGCAUCUGGAGAACGAGUACACUGGCGCGGUUCUCUGCGCGGCUGGGCACGCCGAGCACGGCGACUGUCAUUCGUGCCCGUUCCUCGUGGCGUUGACGUUCGGCAGUUGGGGGGAUUUCAUCACCUCCGCCUGCGUCUACUCACCCAAGACUGGCGUCUGGGGUGAGAUCACUCCGAUUCAUACAAAUUCAAUGGUUGAUUUAAAGCCGGCGGCUCAUGUUGGAAACACGCUUUACUGGCGAUUGGAUGAUGACAGCAUCGUUGAAUUUGAUUUGGAUAAAAAUAGCCUGGAUUUAAUUGAGUUGCCAGAUGACGGAUUUGGUAUAAUCAUGCUAGCAGAGGAUGGUUGUCUAGGUUUUGCCCGUCUUGAUCGAUUCAGCCUUCAUUUGUGGUCAAGGGUAGCUAGCAUCGAUGGGGUGGUAUCAUGGACGCAUCGCAGGGUCAUUGAAGCUUCUUGCGCCACAAGUAGUGGCAGCAUGUAUGGAUCGAGUGGGGCUAGCUGGCUAUGCUGAAGAUGCUAAUGUGAUCUUCAUUCAUGUGCAUCCUCACACUUACAUGUUCCAUCUCAAGUCCAUGCAGAUUGAGAGGUUACAGAGGGGUAUUAGUGGCUGGUUCCUUUUUCCUUACAGAAGUUUCUACACUCCAGGACCAGGAAUCACCACUGGUGGUGGAGAUGAUCAAGCUGAACUGUUGUACAUCAGUUGAGAUGAUUGGGCUUCUUUAUUGGUCUAUAAGAGGUGAUGGUAAUGAUAUCUUCUACCACGUGUCCAUUGUUUUGCUUGCCUGGUUUGAUAAUUUUGUGGUUCAUCGGAUCAACAUUAUUCGCAAUUGUGCCAGUGUUACACAGAAUGCAGUCUGAUCGUUUGUCCCUUGAACAAUGUGGUCAUUUUGCGCUUUUCCUACAGGAAUCUUUAUCCAUUUUUUAUC